AGGAAAGUAUCCGAGGAGGUAGAAGGUGGCCACAUCUGCCCCUCUUUACCUGUGACAGUCAGAUUUUGUGUGUUUUCCCAAUAAUACUCUUGAAACUCUACCAAUAUUCCAAACACCCAGUGUACAGAUUUCUUCAGGAUUUGCUAAUUCUUGUGAAUAAUUUCAUUUACAGUCCCCUCCCUUUAAGUAGUCCUCCCAUCCUUGCUUCAGUCAUGUUUGCAUCCUCAAAAUCAGUUCCUGACACAGAGCAAGUUUUAGUAAAGCUCAGGUUUGCUUCUGUGAGGGUCUGUGUCUAUCCCACCUCCACCCUGACCUUUCUUUCUUCCUCCUCUCCUCUUUGGAGCCAGGGCUCCCCCUUUGACAGUGAGAAUUAUUGUGUGCCACACCCCUCUUUUAUCCUGCAGAACUGCAGAAUGGAAAAGUUGUCCUUGAGGGUUGGUUCCAAUGGGACUAGAGAGAACGCCUAUACCAGAGCGGAGGCCCCAUGUCCCAAAGCGGUGACCUACCCAAAGGGCAGAGUUUCAGGUCUACCUACCCCUUCUUUAUCUUCCAUCCAGGCGUGGUCUUCAGCCUCCCCACCCGUCAAUCUACACCGCUUUGAAGGAAAAGACACCAGACUUCAGACGUCUCUUUUCUCGGUGAGCAUCCCAUUCCGACCCUGGCAUCUCCUGUGUGCUUCCCCCCACCCCAUCCUAUCCCAGGGCAGAAGGGCGAGCGAGGGCAGACUCUAUGAGUCACGUCCUGGGCCUGGAGUUGAGGAGGGAAGCGCCGCCUCUCCUCGGGCCCCUUCUCUCCUCCUUUCCCCUCCCCGCGGGUUCCUGGCCUAGCCAGAUACUGCGCAGCAAUCACGGUUCUCCAUCACCAUGCCUUCUCGGGGCUCCCCGCAAGGCCGUAGGCGAGAUGAACAUUCUGGCGCCGGUGCGGAGGGACCGCGUCCUGGCGGAGCUGCCCCAGUGCCUGAGGAAGGAGGCCGCUUUGCACGUGCACAGAGACUUCAACCCCCGCGUCACCUGCGCCUGCCAGGAGCACCGGACAGGCACCGUGGGAUUUAAGAUCUCCAAAGUCAUUGUGGUGGGGGACCUGUCCGUAGGGAAGACUUGUCUCAUUAAUAGGUUCUGCAAAGAUACUUUUGAUAAGAAUUACAAGGCCACCAUUGGAGUGGACUUUGAGAUGGAACGAUUUGAGGUGUUGGGCGUCCCCUUCAGUCUGCAGCUCUGGGAUACUGCUGGACAGGAGAGGUUCAAAUGCAUUGCAUCAACCUAUUACCGAGGGGCUCAAGCCAUCAUCAUCGUCUUCAACCUGAAUGAUGUGGCCUCCCUGGAACAUACCAAGCAGUGGCUAGCUGAUGCACUCAAGGAGAACGACCCUUCCAGUGUGCUUCUCUUCCUCGUGGGUUCCAAGAAGGACUUGAGUACUCCUGCUCAGUAUAUGCUAAUGGAGAAAGACGCACUCAAGGUGGCCCAAGAGAUGAAGGCUGAGUACUGGGCGGUCUCAUCUCUCACUGGUGAAAAUGUCCGGGAAUUCUUCUUCCGUGUGGCGGCACUGACCUUUGAGGCCAACGUGCUGGCUGAGCUGGAGAAAUCAGGGGCCCGGCGCAUUGGGGAUGUUGUCCGCAUCAACAGUGAUGACAGCAACCUUUACCUAACUGCCAACAAGAAGAAGCCCACAUGCUGCCCGUGAGCGGUAAGGGGACGGUCGAGAGACUGGCCAGCCCUGGGGCACUGUGCCACCUUGAUUGCCCUAGAGCUCGACCCUGGACAUUUGCACUGAUUGUUUUUCCAGACCAAAGAGCUGUCCCUUCGUGGCAGUACCCCUGCAGGGGUAGCAGGGACCAUGUUAGUCACUUCCUGCCCCAGACACCAUGCCAAAGACUAGAUGUCCUCCCUCCCCAGGGGCUCUCCAGGCUGCCCAGCAGUGGGAAGGUAGUCCCUGCUGCUUUUGCUUAGCCUGCUGGACCCCUUGAGUAUGAGGAUGCUUAAUGAUCCAAGCCUUACACUGUGCCUUAUGCAUUAAAAUCUCUGUUAUUAGCAGUUUGGGGACUGGAGUCCUUUGUUGGGGAUGAGGGAUGUGGAAUGGGCAGAACUGUAUGACUGUCUUGGGACUGGAGCUUCCUAUGGGAUUCUGGCCAUACCUGACCCCUGGGCAGGGCUCAGAAAGGCUGGGAGCUCAGGAACCAGAUUUGGAGGGCUAUCCUGGACUCUCAGUGUUUGGUUUUGAGAGCUCUUUCCUUUGGUUCCUUAUCCCCACCUGUGUCCUCCUACUUGGCGCUUGUUCCCAGAUUUCUUCCACUGGAUACUUCUUUUUUUUUCCAUCCUCUUCCUACCUUCCCUUUAAAAUAUACUUCUCUGGGGGCGCCUGGGUGGCUCAGUCGGUUGAGCAUCUGACUUCGGCUCAGGUCAUGAUCUCGCGGUCCGUGAGUUUGAGCCCCGCAUAGGGCUCUGUGCUGACUGCUCAGAGCCUGGAGCCUGUUUCAGAUUCUGUGUCUCCCUCUCUCUCUGACCCUCCCCUGUUCAUGCUCUGUCUCUGUCUCAAAAAUAAAUAAACGUUAAAAAAUUAAAAAA